GCACUGACGCAUUUGCGGUCAUAUUCGUGUCAGAAAGCCUCAAUCGUACCUCGAGUGCCACGAAAGAGUGUCAUACGUUCUGACCAUAACAGCAAAGCUUCUUACAAAAGCGCAGGCCUGUAGCCAUCAUGGACGACCUCACACCAGAUAUAUUCUGUCCCGAAUCAAGGGUGCUUAUCAUAGCUACAGGGGGGACAAUCAUGAUGCGCAAGUCCAAGGACGGUCUGGUUCCCGCUCGAGGCUUCCUUCAAUCUGGACUGGCCCCGCGACCAUCGUUCAACGACGGAUCAUAUCCAGAGCCCCUGGAAAUUGUCACUGACGAUAAGGGUACGCGUAAGGCCGUACAAAGUCUACGAACACCCAUCAGCUCAUACGAGCGUCGUAUUCGCUAUUCGAUUCUGGAGUUUGAGCAAUUGCUCGACAGCAGCUCCAUUGACUCGGCAGGAUGGGAUCAGAUCGCGGUAGCGAUAUACCGGAAUUAUCAACUCUUCGACGGCUUCGUCGUCCUACAUGGCACAGAUUCACUGGCCUACACGUGCUCUGCACUAAGUUUCAUGCUUGAGAAUCUGGGCAAGCCGGUUAUUUUGACGGGCUCACAGGCACCGAUCAUGCAGCUUCAAAAUGAUGCCACGGAUAACCUGCUGACUUCACUGAUCAUUGCUGGCCACUUCAUGAUACCGGAAGUUUGCCUCUUUUUCAACUAUAAGCUGUUCCGUGGAAAUCGCUCGACAAAAGUGUCAGCCGAUGAUUACGCAGCUUUCGCAAGCCCGAAUAUGCCUCCUCUCGCUACCAUCACGUCCCUGCGGACGAACGUGUUGUGGAACCAUGUAUAUCGGCCGACCGGGAUGCAGUCCUUUACCAUCCAAUGCAAUCUCAUGACAGCACAUGUAGCCUGCUUGAGAAUAUUCCCCGGCAUCAAACCAGAAAUGGUCGAUGCAGUGUUGAGAAUAGAGGGCCUCAAGGGCCUCGUCCUCGAGACGUUCGGAGCAGGAAACACACCCGGCGGACCCGACUCCGCGUUUACGAAAGUGUUGGCCGAGGCGGUGAAACGAGGCAUCGUCAUCGUCAAUGUCACACAGUGUCUCAGCGGCAGUGUGAGCCCCUUGUACGCGCCUGCAACGAUCUUGGGCCGAGCCGGUGUCGUCUUCGGGCAAGAUAUGACCACCGAGGCAGCGCUGACAAAGCUGAUCUACUUGCUGUCAAAGGAGAAUACGACGCCCGAAGAGGUAGCAAAGGACAUGUUGGUCUCCCUACGGGGAGAGCUGACAGAGGUAUCCCGCACUCAUUUCCAGCAUCCCAAGGGCGGCAGUCUCACGCCCGAGCUCACCAAUCUAUCAGCGCUCGGAUAUGCCAUACAAAGAGGUGACAUGGAGGCUACUAGGGAGGUGAUCAGGAGCGAGCCAAGGUUUCUAUUGAAUGAUGCGGACUAUUCGGGGAAUACGCCCAUGCAUCUAGCCGCAACCAGCGCGAACGUCGAGAUCCUGCGCGAGUUCCUGAAGGCCGGGGCAUCGGUGCACCUGCGCAAUCGCGAGGGCCAUACGCCGCUGUAUCUGGCCGCGCAUGCAGGCCAGGCAGAGCACGUCCGCGUGCUAAAGGAAGCCGGGGCCCAUCUGCACUUUGACGAGAUGCCGGCGGCGCGGCUGCAUGCAGAGAACGGGAUUGGCAGCUCGUGGGCCGAUGCAGGCGUCGUUGUCGGCGAGGAGUGAGAUCUUUUGUUGUGCAGGGUUGUGGCUGUGAGAGAGCAGGGCUUUUUUCGCUGUUCUAUGGUUUUGUUUCAACGGGAAAAUAAAUUACUGUAGGGUAAUUACAGAAGGAUCGAGUCCCCGUUGAUGGAUGGGUCCCGUCCGAGACCGGGACAGUGCACGACAGGUAAUUAUGGGAAUUUGCAGAGAAAUUUCCUCACGCCCCCUCUUGCGGUACCGAGCGGACGCGAGGGCGACGUUGAAAGAGUUGGGCGGAGCUAGACAGACAGCUGCAGGUGAGGUAAUUCGGGCACCA